AAUAUAAUGACUCCAUGUUUCAAAUAAACCUUUCAUCAUGAAUUACUUCAACACUUCAUUGUUAGUAAUCUGUGGGUUAUUGUUAUCUGUGCAAUGCUUUCUUUUGAAUACGAACAAGCCACCAUCAAGCAUAGGUACUCUCGGAAAUGAUACCAUUGCUUAUAUGGAGCAGCGUAUGAACCUUUUGCAGACCCAAAUUCAGUUGCAGAACCACACUUUGAAGAAUCAAGCGUUAAUGAUUGAACAACUGCUUAACAUUUCCAAACAGACGCCUUCAACACAAACUCUAAGCAAUGAACUUUCUGUUCUACAAAUAUAUGUACAACGAAUUAUGGAUGAAUACCACAGGUUAUCAAACAUAUCCGAUGCAACAGAUCUUGCUUUGAAAAUCAACAAUAUGACAAACCCUGUCAAGUACCUUACUUUAACGAUUACCAAACAGGAGCAAAAAGAUACUGAAUUAAGUCAACAGAUAACCUCGCUAACAAGUGACUUACACAAUACUAAAAGUACUCUCAGUACAUUGCAAACAACUGUAUCUCAUAAUCAACAGUAUUCAUCUAGCCACAUAUCAUCUCUGACAAAUCAAUAUUCUGCGCUAUUAAGAACGCUUCAAAAUACCAACACCAGAGUUUCUACAUUGGAACAUAAUUUAGAAACAACAGCGAUAACAGGUGUAAGACUUAUUGGUGGAUACAACAGUGCCGAAGGGAGAUUAGAAGUGAAAUACAAUGGCAGUUGGGGAACCGUGUGUGAUGAUUCAUUCAGCGACAAUGUGGCCAAAGUUGUCUGUCGUCAACUUGGAUAUCUCUCGGUUUUUCACGCAACACAUAAAGAUUCAGCAGCGUAUGGUCGAGGAUCUGGCAACAUCGUUCUUGAUGACGUGUCCUGUAGAGGUGACGAAACAUCGCUUGCACUCUGCAACCAUAACGCCUUCUUACAGAAUAACUGUGAUCAUGGCGAGGAUGUUGGGAUCAUUUGCUUUGACAUCCGGUUGGUCGGAGGGAAUUCUUCAAGAGAAGGAAGAGUAGAGGUUAGAUUGGGAAACACCUGGGGAACUGUGUGUGACGACAGCUGGGACGACAACGACGCCCGCGUAGUUUGUAGAACGCUGGGAUUUUCUAGCUCUGGUAGUGCUUAUUCUAAUGCACAUUUCGGAGAAGGGAGCGGGCCGACAUGGAUGGAUAAUGUUAACUGUGGAGGUGGAGAAAGGUCACUUGCAUUAUGCCCUUUCAAUGGAUUUGGACAUGAAGACUGUGGGCACAGUGAAGAUGCUGGCGUGAUUUGUCACUGUUUCAUACAAUGUCUUUGUGUUUCUAAUUUAAAUAACUCGCUCAUCAUGAAUUACAUUAACACAUCAUUGUUCGUAAUCUGUGGGUUACUGUUAUCUGUGCAAUGUUUUCUUAUGAAUACGAACAAGCCACCAUCAAACAUAGGUACUGUCGGAAAUGAUUCGAUUGCUUACAUGGACCAGCGUAUAAACCACUUGCAGACCCAAAUUCAGUUUCAGAACAACACUUUGCAGAAUCAAGCGUUUAUGAUUGAUCAACUGCUCAACAUUUCCAAACAGACGCCCUCAACACAAACUCUAAGCAAUGAACUUUCUGUUCUUCAAGUGUAUGUGCAACGAAUUAUGGAUGAAUAUCACAGGUUAUCAAAUGUAUCGGAUGCAACCGAUCUUGCUUUGAAAAUUAAUAAUAUAGCCAACUCUCUUCGAUACAUGACUGUAUCUUUAAACAAGCAGGAGCAAAAAGACGCGGAAUUGACGAGUCGAAUCACAUCUUUGGAGCAUUCACUGUCCUCUGUGAAUCAAAGCGUUACUUCUCUUUCAGUUCUUGAGCGUCAGAAUGAAAAUAAGCUAACUUCUUUAUCAAAUGCUUUGCAAACAACUAAUAACACAGUCAAUUCCUUACAAGGAACACUGUUGCAUGUUUCAAGCCAAAUUUCAACUUUAACCAAUCAGUAUUCUGCAAUUUCUUCAAAAGUGUCCAAUCUUUCAAGUGAUUUUUAUAGCAUUAAAAAUACUGUUAAUUCGUUGCAAACAACAGUGUCUCAAAAUCACCAAUAUUCAUUUAGUCACAUAUCAUCCCUCACAAAUCAAUAUUACGUGCUGUCAGGAACCAUUCAAAACACAACCAAUAGAGUUUCCACGAUGGAACAAAAUUUAAAUACAUUGAUGAUAACAGAUGUGAGAUUACGUGGUGGAGAUAUCAGCGCUGAAGGAAGAUUAGAAGUGAAUUUUAGAAACAGCUGGGGAACCGUGUGUGAUGAUUCCUUCAAUGACAAUGAUGCGAGAGUUGCCUGUCGUCAACUUGGAUAUAAUUCGGCACAUGCAACCUUUAAGAAUGCGGGAGCAGCGUAUGGAAGAGGAACUAAUCACAUCCUUCUAGACGAUGUGUCAUGUAGGGGUGAUGAACCAUUGCUGGCAUUAUGUAAUCACGCUGCCUAUGGCCACCACGACUGUGGUCAUGACGAGGAUAUUGGUGUCAUUUGCUUUGACAUCCGGUUGGUCGGAGGAUCUUCAUCAAGAGAGGGAAGAGUAGAGGUCAAAUUGGGCAACACCUGGGGAACUGUGUGUGACGACAGCUGGGACGACAACGACGCCCGCGUGGUUUGUAGAACGCUGGGAUUUUCUGGCUCUGGAAGUGCUUAUUCUAAUGCUCAUUUUGGAGAAGGGAGCGGUCAGAUAUGGAUGGAUGAUGUUAACUGUGGAGGUGGAGAAAGGUCACUUGCAUUAUGCCCUUUUAAUGGAUUUGGAAAUGAAAACUGUGGGCACAGUGAAGACGCUGGUGUAGUUUGUCAUUGAAAUAUUUUCCCCGUGAAUUGGACCCAUUGUUCAUGCAACUAUAUGUACAUUUACGACAAACAUCAUCUUGGCGACGGUUCUGAAUUAUGUUCUGAAUUUUAAGCCUUGUACCUAAGAACCACGAACGAUAGUAUUGUUCUCCCGCCUACCACUAAGUCAAUUCUCAAAAGUUAACAUAUUCGAAUGAUUUUCAAUUUUUUUUUUUAUAGAUUUGUAUAUGAAUUUUAAUAAAACGUUACUUAUUUGGUAUACCAAAGAGAGAUAACUAUAAUUUUGGUAAAACUUGAGUUUUAGAAAUCAAUGGAAAACGGAAAAUAUUUUUAAAACAUCUUUCCCCACUGUGAAACAAAAAUUCCUUUUUACUGGUAUUUUGGACUGUCAUUUUGCAAAUUUAUGCCAAAGAUUUUUGUGUUUCACGGGGUGGAACAUAUAUUUAUAGACAAAAAACGAAAAAAUGCUGAUUUUUACCAAUUUAAAGCUAUUUACAACUAACUGAUUGUAUUUUAUUAAUUUAUAUAUGUUUUAUUUAUUUGCGUAAAACAUAAGAAAAGAUAUGAGAUACAUUUUAUCAUAUUUAGGACUAUUCCAAAAUAUGGUGAUUCUUGAAAGUUCGAUUUCACUAGAAAAUAUCGUCUACCCCCAUUUUUUCAAGAGCUGGAAUUAAUGAUAAAUUACUAUUUAGCGCUUGAAUUAAAAUGGUUAAUCUAUUACCAUAGAACUGUUCUUUGUAUUAAACAAAGAUUAAAUGGCUAAUUUGCCAUUAAAAUUGAAUUUAAUGGGUGCAAAAUGUAGGCGGGAAUCAAGAGUUAGAGUUCGUAGUUCUUUUGGUUUUGGGAAUAUGUAAAACUAAAGUAACAAUUUGAGACGUCUUUUAGAAAAUUCAUGAAGGAGGAUUGCAUUUCCUAAUCAAUCUUCUAUUACUGUAUUAAAUAUUUCACCAUAUUAAAUAUGGAAUUUCA